UUAAGCCCGCACGCAUCUCGACGACUCCCGUCCAGAAUUCAAAACCCCGAGAAAAGGCCCUCUCGCUUUGAGCUUUGAAGUUUUAACCACAAUAAGAACGUUCCCUCCUCUAAAUGGGAAAAUAAUUCUACGUCCAGAUGAUUAUAACGGAAGGGAGUAAACAGGAGGAGAGGCCAGAUGCUCUGUCGGGUUCUGCUGAAAGAACAGAGGACAAGAGCUCGAGAAGUUCAGAAGAAGAGCUCAAUGGCAAUGAACUUUCAGUACCAGAGGAAAGGAGCAUGAGCUCCAAAUUAGAGCUGAAUGACGAUGACAGUACUUCGAGCUCUGAUCACAGCUCUCCUCGAGGAGUUCUAGAGAACUCAGUAUCGAGUAUAUACUCUGAUUGCGGAAGCAGCAGCGAGCUCUCGAGCUUGGAAAGAUCGAGCAGCUCAAGAUUAAGGAAUUUGUUUGGAGGGUUCUUGUGGAGGAGGAGGAGGAAUCCCAUGUUGAGGCUUUUGACAUUUCCUCCGGUUACUGCAAGUUCUGGGUUAGGGAUUUUUGAGUCUGGGGAAGACAUUUUGCGGUGUAGGCCUUCGUGGAGGAGCUUUGAUUAUCAGGAGCUUGCAGUUGCUACCAAUAAUUUCAGUUCGGAUAAGCUGAUAGGAAAGGGAGGACAAGCCGAGGUCUACAAAGGCUGCCUUGGUGAUGGUCAGCUCGUGGCAGUGAAGAGGCUGAUGAACAAACAAACCGAGGAUGAGAGGAUUGGAGAUUUCUUAUCAGAGCUCGGAAUCAUUGCGCAUGUUAAUCACCCGAAUGCUGCACAACUGCUAGGGUUUAGUGUUGAAGGAGGCUUGUAUUUGGUUCUUCGGUAUUCUCCACAUGGAAGCCUUGCUUCUGUUCUUCAUGGUUCAAAGGAGAGGCUGGAAUGGAAGGUCAGGUUCAAGAUUGCGUUAGGCAUCGCAGAAGGGCUUCUCUAUCUUCACGAGAUGUGUCAUAGGCGCAUUAUUCAUCGGGAUAUUAAAGCAUCUAACAUCCUUCUCACCGAUGACUAUCAACCUCAGAUUUCAGACUUCGGGCUGGCAAAAUGGUUGCCUGAUAAAUUGAGUCACCACAUUGCGCUUCGUAUUGAAGGCACGUUUGGAUACUUGGCGCCAGAGUACUUCAUGCAUGGAGUAGUUAAUGAGAAAACCGAUGUCUUCGCAUAUGGAGUCUUGCUUCUUGAGCUAAUUACAGGGCGUCGGGCUGUUGAUUGCACUAGACAGAGCCUUGUGAUAUGGGCAAAGCCUCUACUUGAUACAAACAAUCUAAAAGAAAUCAUCGAUCCAGUUCUGGACAAUUCUUAUGAUCCCGACGAAUUGAAGCGUGCAAUAUCAGCUGCCUCAAUGUGUAUUAACCAUCUCUCUACUGCUCGGCCUACAAUGAAUUGGGUCGUAAGGCUUUUGAGAGGUGAAGAAGGAUCUAUGGAGUUCAUGUGUAGAGCUACAAGACCAAAUGUGGGAAGACGGCCUACUUUUGAUGUAGGGGAUUUGGAGGAUUACACAUGUUCAAGGUACCUCGAUGAUCUUAACAGACAUAGGCAGCUAGCUUUGGAACAGUGAGUUCAUCUAUCGGGAGUAGAAGAGCGUUGUAUGAUUUUGGUUUGCAUACAAGAAUCCUUCAAUUGUCCUACUUUUUAUUGGUAGAAGGAUCUUGGUCACCGACAUGUAUUUGUUCAAUCUUAUAUUUAGCGUUACAGCUAUAUCUAUCUUAUCAAAUCUCAGGCUUUUCUUUU